AUGAUGCCAAGUCAUAACCUUGUCUCCUCUUUUCGAAGACGACGAAUCCGUCGUCUUCGAGAAGCACGUUUGUAUUUCCUGUCAAGUGGGCACAAAGCUCGGGACACACCUCUUUCUGUUUUGAAACAAGAAGACAAUUCGAAAAAUGAUGAACUACUGGAGAAAAAUGACACAAAGCCGGAUGGUAUAAGAGAAGAGCUGCAAAAAUCUGAUUUACAGUCAAAACCCCAUCCGAACGUAGUCCAAUUGCAAACAAAAGCUGGAGAAAAUAGUUUGCAUAGUGAACUUGGAACCCAAAGUGACCGUAAGCCUACUGUGAAGGAAUAUGAAGAAUGUGUAACAGUACCUGUCGUUCAAAUUCCAGAUAGCUCUCGGGAGUUUGUGGUUACACAGGAUGCUAAAAAUAUGGGGUCAUUAGGAACGACACAAACGACGAAUUCACUGCCAAGGAGAAGUCCUGAAACUGUUAUCACUAUAGUAAAUGAUGAUGCAUCGAUAAGUGCGACCAAUAGUUCAGUUAUCAUUGUGAAUAUUUCUACAGGACAGAAGAAACGUGAUAACGUGAAUAACGCCAACAAUAAUAGCAGCAAAAGUGCUGAUGACUCAGAAGUUGGUCUACCACUGGUAAAUAAAGUCACAGGCACAGAAGUGCCAUCAGAGAGCUUAGCAAUGAAAACAACAUCACUUUCGGACGGCAUUAGAACCGUAGAUCGGAUACACAGUACUGAAGCAAAAACGCCGAUGGCUAUAUACAUUGAUAGUGCAUCGUCAGCAGCAACAACUAAUCGAUCAUCCGCAUCUGUCAACACCGAGGAACAAGGAGUAAGGACAGUCUUUUCGAAGAAGUGUGGAGAAGACGAAGACAAUGCUACAAGUUCUAAAAUAAAUUCAAAGGGAUGCUCUGACAGUGUGUUAAUAGAAAGAAAUUCUGAAGGAGAAAAUAACUUGAUAAGCAAAUCUGAAAAAUCUCAGAAUGUGAUUUUGGAACAAAAUUUAGGGACAAAAUUAAGAGAAAGUCCAAAGCAAAAGACAAAUUUAGAAGCGAAUCAGAGUGAUAUGCAAGUCUGGGAUACUUCGAAAAAUAAUUCCAAAUUAAGUGAAGUUUCCAGGAAUAUAAAAGAACCAAAACUAUUAUCUGUAGAACGAAGUGAAUUCGAGCAUGUUUCUAACAAUUUUGAAUACGAUAAAGAGAACGAUAGUGCUAAGAACAGUCAGUCAAGCCACAUAAGCGUUGAUUCUGAACAUAAAUAUCGAAGUAAAGAUGUAAGACGAACAAGUCAUAUAGUAUCAAAUUCAGGAAAAACCCAAGAAUCUUCAACAAUAGAUAAGAAUUCAGACAAUAAAAAACGUGUUACCCUAGUGGCACCUCCUGUUGUUGACAUGGAUUUGGAAACGGAAUCAGAAAAAGCAGAACUUUUUUCGGAUUCGGAAGGACAGCUAAGCUCUCCGAAACAGACGGCCAAAACCACGGCAUCUGCUAUCCCCACAGAAGUCCCCAAUCUACAACAGAAAUAUCAGUCAGAAAGCGAAACGAGCUUUGAAGCAGAUUUUACGCCAAGAGAUGGUCGUAUGCAAGGCAAUUCGACUCCUAUGAAUAGUCUCCGAAAAACUAAAAUUGACUUGGAUUUGAAUACAGAUAUUUGCGGGUUGCCAACACAAAAUAGUUAUGACCCUGACUUUAAGGAAUAUGAUUUCAUAUAA